CUUCUGGCAUUAAUCCUCUUCUAUCUAGCCAUAUUCUCUACUUUUCUGACUGCUCCUUAAAACAUGUUUAUCUUCUCACUUUUAUAAUUAUAUUAAUCUCUACUAUUAUUCUCUUUCCCCUCUCUCUUUCUCUCUCUCUCUCGACACAAAUUAAAGUAAACUACACUCAACAAAGGGAUAGAAGAAGAAGAAGAGGGAUAUAAUUAAUUAGCUUAAUUAAAACCAAGUUGUUCGUGAAAUUAAGGUGAAAAUCUCAAGAAAUGGGGAGAGCUCCUUGUUGUGACAAAAACAAUGUCAAGAGAGGGCCAUGGUCACCUGAAGAAGAUGCUAAGUUGAAGUCAUAUAUUGAGCAAAAUGGGACUGGUGGAAACUGGAUUGCUUUGCCUAAAAAAAUUGGCCUUAAGAGAUGUGGAAAGAGUUGUAGGCUUAGAUGGUUAAAUUAUUUGCGUCCAAACAUCAAGCAUGGAGGAUUCUCAGAAGAAGAAGAUAGGAUUAUAUGCAGCCUCUACAUAAGUAUUGGAAGCAGAUGGUCAAUAAUUGCAGCACAACUCCCUGGAAGAACUGAUAAUGACAUAAAGAAUUAUUGGAACACUAAGCUAAAGAAGAAGCUAUUUGGAAAACAACGUCAAAAGCAAGGAUCAAGAAAAGGCAAAGAAAUCAACUCGAUGCCAUCUAUUUCCAAUAACAUUACUAACAUGAACCAAAACCCUUGUUGGCCUGAGAUAAUUCCCAUCAUGCAACAGCCAAUCCAAUUUUCAAAUAAUGACCAUACAUCUAUCAGAAAGCUAUUAAUCAAGCUUGGAGGUAAAUUUUCAGAAAAUGACCAAUUGACAAAUGUUGUGUUACCAAAUUCCCAAUAUCACAUCGAUAAUUCAUCGAUGCAGCUAAUGUAUCAAAAUCAUAUCAAUUUGAUCUCUUCAGCUCCAAUAGACAAUGUCUUCAGCAAUAUGGCUGCACCAAAUACUGAUCUAUACAACAUGGAUGGGGAAGCUAGCAAUUUUACAGCUGCAUUUGAGCAUAUGAUAAACGAUAAUCAACCAAAAUUGGAUGGUCUUGAAUUUUUAUACGAGGAUGUACUUAUCGAUAAGUCUGCAUCUACUUCUAGAGGAAAUUUAGACUGGGAAUCGAUGAAUCCUUAUGUGCUUCCUCUUCCUCCUAUUGUUGCUUCUAAUGAUGGAGGUAAUUUUCAUCAAGAUGUUAUGCUUCAAGAAGGUGCACUUGAUGAGCUGAGAUACUCCAUGGCACAAUAAUAUUAUUAUUAAUUGUACAUUUUAUUCCACAAUAUAUUGUAAAUUUUUUUGUGAAGGGAGAGGCUGGAUGAUUUAUGUAGGUUGGAGAACCCUAAUUAUAAACUGGUUUAUUACAAUAAAAUUUGAUGAGUUUGAAUGCA